AUGCCCAAUCUGCCGUCCGCGACGGCCAAUUUGUGGGACUCGCCGUCGGCGCGGUCCAGCACGUCGGCAGACUCCGAGAGAACCAUCGCCGUCGACGAGAAACGGCCGGGCAGCCCCCACAAGAACCUGUACGAGCAACUGCAGAACGUCGCUCGCGAGCAGCCCACGGCGCCCCGCGCAAACUCUGCGGGCUCGCUGCCCGCCCCACCUAAUAACGCCCGCCACGUCUCGUCGCACAGCACCGCGUCUCUGAGCGAGAACGAUUUUGUUUCCGCCGAGGAGGGCAGCUCGAGCGGCCGCGCAUCGGAGCCGGACAGCGACGCGACGGUCGACAUCGCCGACGAGACCGCCGACGACACCAUGCAGACCCACGAGACCGGCCAGGGUCCAAAAGACGCCGCGUUCGUGGACGACCUGUACGAGUCGUUCGAAGCUCCAGAAAUCGCACCGUCGCAAAAGCGCGUCUCGUCGGCCGAGUCGGCCGAGCCGGAGGCCGUCCUGGCGAUCUGGUCGACGCAGGAAGACUUCCAGAAAGUGCACAAGACGCAGCCGUCGUUCCAGAGCAUCUGCGACCCGAAGAAGCACGUGGUGAGCACGGACCACUUCAAGGACAUCAAAAUCAGAGACCCGGUGCUUGUGCGGGACGACAACGACGCCGACGACGAGGGCGACGAGCCCCGCCGCGCCAGCUUUGCUGCCCCAGACGUGUCGCUUGAGAAGACGUUCCACAACCCGCUGGACUCGAUCCAGGACACCGACACCUCGAAGGUGUCGCUCGGCUCGAUCCACCUCUCGGACGUGCUCCUGGACGGCGACGACUCGUUCCUACGGGAAAUCGAGGCGUGGCAGCCGGAGACGCAUGUGCAGCCGCCGCAGAAAGCCUGUCUCGGCGAAAACCGACAACGCGAGCGUCCCGAUCCCGCGCAUGUCGGCGGACGAGGUGGAGCAGCUCAUGCUCCUCAAGAAAGUGACCAGCGACGAGUUCCAGGUCAAGGAGGCCAACAGCAGGCUGACGUUCGAGAGCAACGCGCCGCACCUGGAGCAGUGCGUGCAGGUGAGCGACGCGAGAAGCGAGGAGACCGACGACAGGGCCUCGGCGAUCGUGCCGGAGCUGUCGAUCGCCACGGGCCAGACCGCGCGCCGGUACGGCGAGCUGGCGCAGCUGGGCGACGCGCAGACGAACUCGCGCGUCGGCUCUGCGCUGUCGUCGUCGACAAAGCUGGGCGAGCCCGCGCCGCUCGUGCUGGGCGAGCAGGGCCGGUUCUUCCUGCGCGUGAUGGCGGUGCGGGAGCUGAACCUGCCCGAGCUGGUGCGGCGCAACGCGCAGUUCCAGAUCGUCCUCGACAACUCGAUCCACCGGCUCACGACAGACUACUUCCCGGUCGAGUCCGCGCAGUUUGUGCCCGUGAACAAGGAGUUCGAGCUCGUGGUGGGCGCGUCGCUCGACGUCGUGCUCACGCUGCGGCUGCGCUACGACAAGCCCAAGGACCAGCUGGUGGAGGUGGUGGAGAAGCGCAGGGCGAAGCCGAAGAACGCGCUGGCGAAGCUGCUCGGCGUCAAGGACAUCGUCACGUCGACGCGGUACGUGACCCGCCCUGCCGAGAAGGACCCGCUCGAGCACGCGCUGGCCGCGGACGGCUCGUUCGCGAAGCUCAGGAUCUCGUUCGACAGCUUCAGGGAGCAGGUCACGUGCGAGUCCAAGAUCUUCCGGCUCGACGCGCUGAACGAGUGGACCGCCGUGGGCGGACGGACGGCGGCUCCGUACAGAGCGUGCGCGGUCGACUUCAACAUGCUCUUUGUGCCGCGCACCAGCGAGCACGAGACGCUGCCGACGAGCAUCAAGAACGCGUACGAGCAGGUCGAGCAGGUGCGCGGCACGCUCGCCACGCGCCACGAGGGCUACAUGUACCAGGAGGGCGGCGACAUGGAGGUGUGGACGCGGCGCUUCUUCACGCUCGACGGCUACGACCUGUGCGCGCACCACGAGACGACGCGGAAGCUGCGCGCGCGCAUCAACCUGCGGCGCGUCGUGGACGUCGAGUACGUGGGGAAGACGGCGGCGCACGGCCAGGGCGGCCGGCGCGUGUACAGCGACCGGCUGCUGCUGAACGACGCGUUCCGGCUCCGUUUUGCGAACGGCGAGACGAUCUACUUUGGCUGCGACAGCAGCCGCGAGAAGACGGAGUGGGUGGGCGUGCUGGAGACGCUGGCGGCCAGAAACGCGUUCCGCCGCCAGCCGUGGGUCAAGCAGAUGGUGGCCAAGUGCGGCUAGCGGCACCGUUUCUCUCCGCGGACAGCGCCCCGGCCGGGGGCCCGGUGUGCGGCGCAAGCGAAAACUCGGCCACGCCGAAUUGCCAUCUAGAGUAUCUUAUCUUUGCGCGUGCAAGGGUGUGUCUGCGCAUGCAUGCGCGCCUGCCAAGUAUAUAA